GUGCCUGGUUGCCCUCUACACUCCACGCCGAACAUACGCCCAACCUGCGCUGCGCUGCGAAUAAAAACACCUGCGAGCACCCCGCGCACCGAAUCGUCGUUGUGCAGCACGACUGAGGGGUUGGCCUGGGCACAAUGGUAGAAGACAGCGCGGCGCUCGGCCGCCAACACGACAAUAAGUUCCUCUCCAAGCACCGCUGGCGGGCGAAGAUCUUCUCCAAUGACGAGAUGCUGGCCAAGGACACGAAGCAGAAGCUGAAGCUAGGCGAGAAGUCGAAGCUGGAUGACGACGUCAACGACUUCCUCAGGCCGUCCACCGACAAGGCCCACGCACAGAAAGAAGCCGCCGCCGCCGCCUUCCUCGCCGGCACAAACAAACCGCGGAUCGAUGUCGCCAAAGCACAGCGCUGGCCCGGCGCGAGCGACUUAGCGGGAAAGAGCCCCGGCGUGGGAGGACUGCGCACGAGCAAACAGCCGCGGCGUCAGGGCUUGAUGGUGAGCUUUGCCAGGACACAGCCCGAGUUCAUUGGCGAAGGCGGCGAUGAGUGCGAGGAGGCUGUCAUUGAGGUCGCUAAGAGGAGGAAGACGAACAGCAUGUCGAGUCUAGAGAAGCUGCAGGCGCAGACUCACCACGACGACAGCAACCUGGGUAUGCGGAGCCCCAAGCUCAAUGGCAACAGCAGUGGCAGCUCCGAAGCAGCGCGGAGGAACAUCGUGAAGAGGUCGCUGACGUCUCACGGGGAGCUGUCCCCCCCCCUCAAACACAAGCUGGACAUGGGGAAUAUCACCACUCAUGCGAGUCCAGCACCCCCACCCCCGCAGAGGCUGGGUGCGAUGGGCUUGGGGGAGAGGCCGAAGCAACUGCAGCGAGCGCCGACAGGCUUCGAUGCUGUCGACGAUGGAGUGUCCCGACCGAGCUUGGAUUCUACUUAUUCGUACGAUUCGGAGAUGGCCUCACCUGUUAUCUCGAUGAAAGCACCUAAUCUGGCUCCAACCGCUGAAGAGGAGGAAGAAUUCGUUCCCAAACCGCUCAAGCGAAUGCAAACGGGGUGGCAAGACCAACAAGCUGACUCAAUCGCCGGCUCUGUACCGCGCCUACCAGAAAUGAAUCUGAAGGACGAUGACUCGCCUUUAGAGUCAAGUCUAAACAAGCACUUCUUGGAGAGUGAGCCAACAGAUCCAAACUCGUUUUCAGCGAGAGUCAUGCAUAAGAUGCGAGCAGAAGAGGGGAGAGCACUACAUGAGGCCAUGAAGCAGGCCACAGAAGGGUCGAAGCGCGAUUCGGAUUCUAGCUCGAAUUCGGUUCAGCCCAACUCCUUCCAAGUCGGAACCCCACCUUCAUCAUACAAUGUUGCUUCAGCAUCAUCGUACGGACAGACACCGCCGAGAAUACCCUCACGCGAUCCUCCCAACGGACCGCAAACUUUAGAUGCCGAAGAUCCCCAUCGAUCACAUGCUCGUCGACCAUCACCGGCUCGAAGACCUAUGCCUCCUGGAGCGUUUCCACUGGAUACCGAUCCCCGACCACCAUCCUCCUCCUCAUCUCAAUAUAAUUCAGCGGUAUCCCGAUCUCGUGGUUCACCUACUAGACCUACAGAUCCCUACUCGGCUACCUCAAUUCAGCAAACACCUUCUACUAUGGAAAAGAUCCCAUUUUCGGCAUCGUCGAACAGCCAGAGCUCAAUCCUACCGACACCACCUCAGUUUGAGAAGGGUCCCUACUUCAGCCCCGAGCCACCAGCAGAGAAGCCUCCACCUCCUCCUCCGCAUGCCCAAGAUCCAGGAAUGCAAGUUGCUACUCCAUACAAGCAAGAUGCUGGAAUUCAAGUUGCACCUCACCACAGGCAGGAUGCAGGAAUGCAGGUAGCGCCACAUCACAGGCAAGAUCCUGGGAUGCAGGUCGUGGCUUCUCUUGAGCGCUCAGACACGAGAUCACAAGGGGAAGUUGCCUUCGGAGAUUUUGCGGAGCGUGUGACGCAUAUGCAGGGCAUUUUUGGAUUAACUGCACAACUGGGUGGGCAACUGUAUGAUCACACACCAAUGCAAUGGAUAAGAGUUGCCAUUUGGUGGUUUCUAAGGGGUCGUGCUGGUAUGGAGAGUUUGAUCAGGAGCAGGCCGAAGACUGGAGACACUCAACCGGAACGCCUCACCCAACCACACGUCGACCUAGCCAAAGUGUGGUGGAUUCUCACCCAAAUCAUUUCCAAUCAUCCAGCAUUGCGAAGAUAUAGUGGAAGAAUGGAUGCUGGGGCAAGGCUGGCCCGAGAGGCUGGUGACGUGGCUACGGCAGAGGUUUACGAGGCCCACGAUGCAGUACUGUCGUCCUUGAAGAUGCUAUUAGCAUCGAUGAAGAGGCAUCAGGUUAUGCCACCCACACAAGCGCUUAUUCAGGGUCAGGACCAGUCGAUCUGGAUCCAGUAUCCAAACUUUGCACCAGAUGUGCGUGCUGUGCUCGACGGAAGCGCCUCGAACAGUAUCAAGGCCAACGGAUCUGGAUCGGCCUCAGUAAAUCCGACUUUCUAUAUCCCGCUCGGGGAUACCAAAUCCGACUUUUGCUACUUCCGCAUGUUUGUCAAUGCAAAACUGCAUACCGACAACAAGGCAGAACCGGAGUCGAUGUCCGCGGUCAUAUCUGUGCUUCGAAGUCGGGAUGACUUCAAGGUCAAGCUUGCAAUUUGCAGUCUCACAGACCUCAUCAAUGUCCUGAUACAGUCGAACAAAGAUUUGGGACCAACUUGGAGCAAUAUCGCAUGGAAUUCGAAGAAGCGAGCAAUGUCGAUCAGCCUUCGACAUGGAUUCACUCUCGACCUUGAAUUCACCGAGGCGGACUUUCGCAGCUUAUGGGCAAUCGUGGAUCACACGAAUCGAGUCGAAAGCAGACUUCGGGAACGCGAAGACGAGCGGCUAGUGUACAAACUCACUGCUCGAGGCAUCCAAUAUAAGGAUCCGACAAAUCCAGGGGCGUUCCCACCUGAGCACGUCAAGGCCUGCAAGGUCCUAGUCUUUGAGAAGUUUGAGCGAAGUGAUCAAGGCACGGGGAGGAGGCGAUUGCAUCGUGGCUAUCGAUUAGUCCUUGUCACCAACGUCAAGAAUCGAACACUUAGCUGCGUCAACCAUGAAUUGGGGACUAAUCAAGAACCGAUCAACUUCGAAUACUACACCGAAAAAACCGAUAAUGCGCCCGGUAUGAUACUCCGCCUCAAAGAGGAAACCUCGGACAAGAAGACUAAGGUGUGUACGAUGAUGAUGGUCUUCAACGACAGCAAGGAACGUAAUCAUCUCUUCGGCACUCUUACCUCAAUGAAUCAGCAUUCGAACGAAGAUGUCUGUGCCCAGGUGCCACUCAAGGCGUUCAAUAUCGAAAGUGCAGAUCCGGCGGAGGGAUUCAGCAAUAGCGGGAAGGAUGUACUCAAGAGGUUGCAGUGGCAGGAAGUCAAAGCGUUAAAUAAAAACGCCGAGAAGGCUGGGCUAGAAAGCGCACCAAUUGUCAUGAGUGAAAGUCUGAGGCUCGUGUGUAAGCAUGGCGCAGGUAGUGUGACGGACCGGAUGAAUCUGGGUCCUGGUGAACUUCUCGUCCGUCUUCCAAUCAAUGGUGCAGCAGAACUCGUAUUCCUCCGCAAUCCCCAACAAGAUAUUGCGGUUGCUAUUGAUGCCAGGCGUACCGAGAAAGACAUUCCAGAUGCGCUAACCGAACUUCUCCGAACACUAACUGGAGCCUCCACGCUGAGGACUCUGACUUUUCAUUCCUUUAAGGAUUUGCAUGCUUUCCAGCUAGCCGUGACGGGAUUUUCUGUCAAGUUUGACGGUAUCGCCUCAACAUUCUCCAUUUCCCGCCGCCGCAUGGUCGUCCCCAUCUAUAAACAAUGGACCGCCUCAAAUAUUCGUAUCCAAAUCGUUACACAAGACAACAUCAUCCAACUUCUCGCCUUCUUCGAGGACUUCUCGCACGCCGACGCCAUGAAUUUCCAGCUCAAAACCAUGGACGUGUUCGAGAAAACGGAUAAAGGUGGUAAACCCGGCAUUCGCCUCGUCGACGCCAAGUUCGCUUUGCCGGUUGAGGAGCGCAGAGGUGAGGGUAAGAUGGGUAAGGAGGAGGGGAGAGUUAGCGGCUGGGCAGGAAUGAAGAGGAAAUUUGUUUGUCUGGAUGUUAUAGAGUAUCCCGGAGAGCAUGACGAUAUUCUGAUCCAGUUUGAGAGUGCGGAUACACGCGAUAAGUUUGCCGACGCGUUACCUUCCGCAACGGUUGAGCGCAAGUUCACCAUCAAGAGGAAGAUCUAGGGCAACCUCUACAUCUCGCACCUUCACGAAAGAUCGUCGCCAUGCACACCAUACCCAAGGCUUCAUCCAGAACCUUACAGGCAUCAUGUCCGACUCCUUUUACGUACAACUACGAGUGGUAUAUCUUCUUCCAAAAGCACUGUAGUGUUGUCAUACAUAUCGAAAGAUAUUUAUACAACUUUUC